AUGAAAUCCCUGUUCGUGUUUGCCCUGCUGUUGGUCGCGGUGGCGGCUUAUGCGCCGCGCGACAAGCGUGUGGUGGGCAGCGACCUUGCCACCCUCGGGCAGUUCCCAUACACGGUCGGUUUGAUCACGCGCAUCAACAUUCUGCUGACGGGACAGUGCGCCGGUUCGUUGGUGUCGGCUAACUUCAUCCUUACUGCCGGCCGUUGUGUAUCUGGUAUUCAGAGUGCCGUUGCCGUGCUUGGUGGUUUGCGCAUCAACGAUGCUAGCGAGGCUGGCACCCUGCGUGUCACCGUGACUGACUUCAUCGUUCACCCGCAGUACGAAACUGAGCCGGACAUCUUCGACGUUGCGCUGGUGCGUCUGCCGCUUCCGGUUCCAAUUAGCGACCGUGUUCGCCCCGUGCGUCUACCGAAUCUGCGUCAGGUCGAGGCGACGUUUGUUGGACAGCAGGCUACUGUUACUGGCUGGGGUCGUUUCGGUGAGGGUACUACCAACUCGGAAGAGCUUCGUUUCGGACGUUCGCAGAUCAUCUCGACGCUUGCCUGCCGCAUCAGUCUGCCAACGAACACGAUCGUCGAUGAGCACGUGUGCACGGACGGAGCGAACAGUUCACCCUGCCAGGGUGAGUUCGGUGCCCCGUUGACCAUCGUCGAUGCCGACGGUAUCACCACGCAGAUCGGUGUGUUCUCGUUCAUUUCGAUUCUGGGCUGCGAGUCGGGCCGUGCUGCCGUGCAUACGCGCAUGUCGUCCUAUCUGACCUGGAUCGGUCAGAACUCGGAUGUCGAGAUCCGUGAUAACUUCUAA